GUCGAGUGACGCCUUCGAUUUUUGCGUUACACCGCAUCCAUUAACACCGCCCUCCCCGCUCCCCCUGCUUUCUGACGUGCCACCCGAGCAUAUCAGCCCCGUCCAGAACCCACCCCCUCGAGAAACGCUGCCAAACAUGUCCGACACCCCAACUACCCCGACCAUUCGCAUCGUACCUGGCGCUCCCCCGCCGGCACCACUGACCAAGUCGCAAAAGAGAAAGAAGUCCAAGCCUGCGAAGAAGACGCCUGAACACGACGAUGUCGUUCUGCCUGAUACGACGUCUGCUGCCCUCACGGAGAAGGCCCCGACAGAGGUCGACGUGAAGGAGGGUUCGGUCGCGCCGGAGCUAGCAGUCCAGCCGGAGGUACCGCAAGCUCAGACACCGGUGGAGGACCCGUCGCUGAAAGCAACUCCGAUCGUCGACAUGCUCAACAAGCGAUUGAAGCAGAUACAAAAGAAGAUGUUGCGAAUCGAACAAUAUUCGACUCUACCACCCGACAAGCUCAAUGACGACCAGAGGCGAUUACUGACGACCCUCCCAAGUCUGGAGGCGACACGGAAGGAGCUGGAGGAUGUAAAGAAAGUCAUUGUUAUACACGAGGCGGAGGUCGCUCAAGAGCUGGCAGUGAAGCAGGAAGAGGCCGCCAGAAUUGAGAGGGAACGUUUGACCGAGGCUGCUGCCGCUGCACAGGCCGCGCAUCGGCAGAAGACCGCCGACCUCAUCCAUUUCCUGCGCCUGAGAGACCUCCUCUCGCAAGGUCACGCAGCAGUCACCAACCUCGGCAUUGAACAGUCUGAGGGCACGGCGAUCUACCAUGUCACUGAUACGUUGUUCAGUGAUGAGAGCGAGGCCCGCUUGGAGAUCAUCAGUAGCUUCAUAUCCGGCGAGGGUGAAGUCCAUGGAGUCCCAUACUCCCGCCUUGUCGAAAUCACACAGCUCUUCUUGAACCCUCCCGCACCGGAGGAGCCGCCAGUUGAAGAGACCCCGGACGUCGCUCCGGAGGUCCCCGAGCCUGUGGAUGCUCCCGUUAUCGGACUUCCGACCAUUAGUGUUGCCCCUGCUGGUGGUUUCCACUUCAUGCAGGAAGACGAGCUGGAGCCAGCCGUCGAACCCGAGCUUGUGCAAGAGGAAGCUGUCGUUGUCGAAGAACCUGCGCAAGUGGAAGUCGUCGAGACUCUGGUCGAGGCAGAGGUCAACGGUUAUGUUGUUGUAGAGGAAUCUGUCACUGUCGCCUCGACGACAGAGGUCCCUGAAACCCCUGCGGCGAACGGUGUAAUUAAUUGGGCAGAUGAAGACGAACAGGGUCUUCCGUCCAUAGGCAGUCUACACGCUCAGUUCGGUACUGCGGGUGAUGCCACACCUGCGCCUGAAGUUCUCCCUGUAGAGCGUAGCGGGCCUCCAUCACCUAGGCCGAAUGGCGUGCAGACGAACGGCCAUGCUCAUCAUGCGGAAGACGAUGGUUUCACGUCCAUGCGGGCCCGUGGUCGCGGUGGUCGCGGCUUCCGGGGCGAGCAUGGUGGCUUCCGAGGAGGUCGUGGUGGUGAACGCGGUGGCUUCCGUGGUGGUGAGCGCGAUGGUUUCCGUGGUGGCGAACGCGAUGGCUUCCGUGGUGGCGAACGUGAUGGUUUCCGUGGUGGUGAACGCGGUGGCCCCCGUGGAGGGUAUCGCGGCGGUGACCGUGGUGGUUUCCGGGGCAAGCCGCACGGGGAGUGGAGAGGGGGCUCUGACGGCGAACAUCGCGGGCGUGGGCGUGGACGGGGACGGGGACGCGGUUUCCACGACGCUCGAGGCGGCUCUCCUGCGACUGUACCCCCGGCAUAAGCUGUACGAAUGCUAGCUGCUGUGAAGAAAAUGAGCCUUGUACCUGCUGUAUCUGCUACCUUCUUGUGGUGACAUAAAGCGACCGUUCUGCCCUUGUGCUUGUCUUGAUAGGGUGCUCUGCUCAGUCCUCAUCUGUAAAUAUCUCUGUUGCAAAAUCUCCUUUGUGCAAUGCAAUACAGUACCGCCUUCGCUCCGCC